CGCGCGCCUCGGCCAAUCGGCGGGGAGGACAGCAGCGCGGCGUGGCGCCCAUCGCUCCGGCGUUCCCGCGAAACGCCAAUUUGCUUUGCAGCCGCCAGUUCGGCUUCGCGCGCGUCAGAAACGUGCCCCGGUGUCUUCCGAGUGUUCCGCGAUCUUCCGCGAGUGUGUGGCCGUGUUAAUCCGCGCGUGAGGGUGCUCACGCUUUCCGUCCCGACACCGAGGCUGAAGUGAUAUCCGCGCACGAGAGCGACAACGCGGAACGAGAGCGGAAGAUACGCGGACGUGAGUGACGCACAUAGCCGCGACACGGCCUCGGCUGGUCCUUCCUUCGUCGUCCUUCCUUUCCCGCGCGCGAGUUUCCGGGCUUGACGCGUUCCGUCUCCGGGACGACAUCGGGAUACGCGUCUAUUCGCUCGGCCGACGUCAAACGUCGAAUUUUACCCGAUUUCCUCGCCCGAACGAGCCGGCCAAGCGCGGUCUCGCGCGGAAGGACGCUGAUCUUGGAGUCGCGUUUUGAUGGACAGGAAAAUCGGGACUGAAGUGCGAAAGGAAGAGUAUUCGGGAGUUGAGGUGUCCUAACGACGUCGUGUAUGAAAUGUAUCGUGAAAAUCUCCAAAAUUCGCCCCCUUUUUGAGGUUAUGUGGCGCAUAUAGAGGGCGUCAUAGGACGUGCAGGGGUUGGUCGUCGUUUCGCGCGCUGCUCUCCCGCGCUCACUGAUCCACGUCCUUUAUUUUUGUCGGAAUAUCGUCGAUUCGCGGCUCACGCUCGCUGCAAUACGGCUCGUCCAGGAGAUUAAUGAAUUUUCCGACCACCGGGAUCAACGCCGGACCAAAAUCGUGAGUCGCAUGCUGAAUCAAAGACGAUCGAGAGCAACGUGCAUUAUGGCGAUCGGAUGCGUGUAGGCUUCGCGCGCUCCUCUGCUUUUCGUCACUUUCCCAGGAAAAUCAUUGCGCCCGGUUCAAGAAAAUUGUGCGGACGCUUGUUCCAAGGGUCUCCGUAGUCACGUACACCCGGGCAAAAUUUAUUCCUACGACAAAUAUUUUUCGUACACGUUGGCAAUUCCGCGACAAGAUGCCACAGAGCAGUUUGCAGGAAAAGAAGUCACAAACCUAUUUGCAAGGAGGCAAGACACAAUCUUUGAAACGUAAGAGGCGCACGACAGAACUCUCAGAAGAUUCAGAAAACAUAUAUCCACCUAGUAAAGUGCCCACGCUGUCUCAUGUUUCGUAUUCCGAGUCCUGUCACUCCACACACUCGGUAGACGUCGCGUGUACUCCCUAUCAGACAUCUCCGUUAAAAGAGCAGCAGGAGCCAGCUACAUGGUCCGAAUUAAGAAGUGCAACUUGUUUUUUAACACCCUCAGCCUCUAAUAGCACAUCUGUUAGACCUAGUCCAUUGCCAUCCCUUCCAUGGGCCGAUGGUUCUCAAGUGUGGUCCCUCAUGUGUCUCGGGGAUCAAAAAACUCUAAUUCAGAGGGAUCCAGAAAUGUUUCAAAGGCAUCCAACGUUGCAGCCACGGAUGAGAGCAAUUUUGUUAGAUUGGUUGAUCGAGGUUUGCGAGGUGUACAAAUUACAUAGAGAAACUUAUUAUCUCGCUAUGGACUAUAUAGACAGAUAUCUGUCUAUUCAUCACGAUGUACCUAAAAAUCAAUUGCAACUUAUAGGGAUAACGUGUCUUUUUAUCGCUUCUAAGGUUGAAGAAAUAUAUCCACCUAAAAUUGCGGAAUUUGCAUAUGUCACCGAUGGAGCCUGUACGGAAGAAGAAAUUUUGGGAAAGGAGUUAAUGAUCUUGAAAGGACUUGGAUGGAAUCUAUCCCCGAUAACCGCUCCAGGAUGGCUCAAUAUUUAUAUGCAGAUUGAAUCGGGCGAUUCAUCUAGACCAAACACUUUUAUAUAUCCACAGUAUGGUGGAUCGCAAUAUUCUCAAGCGGCUCAAUUAUUAGAUCUGGCGACUUUGGACGAAGGUUGUUUGAAGUUUCCGUAUAGUCACAUAGCUGCGGCGGCAAUUUACCAUACCCAAGGAAGGGAAUGCGCGUUAAGGGUAUCUCGAUUAUCAUGGGAACAACUUGCACCUUGCGUCAAAUGGCUCACAGCGUUUGCUACUACCGUUGCGGAAGAGGAAUCCCAGUGUCUUUUAAGAUCUACGAUUACACCUGUAGAAUCACACUCUGGGUCUGGACUGAAGGCCACUGUACCUAAUAUCGUUGUGGACGAAUCGCAUCGCAUACAGACUCAUGUGGUCGAUUUGAAUAUGCUGGAAAAGGCGCAGCAACGAUUAGCCGGAGAAAUCCCGAGCGGUUAUGUGAACGAUUCUGACAUAAACGUUGAAUCUGGUAGGCAAAGCCCAAACGAGAGUGGCCUUUUAACUCCGCCAUCUAGUAAUCAGAAAAAUUCUCCAUUGUCAGCCUGCCCUACACCACAAUUACAUAAUCCUUAUACAUAAUUAAAUAUUUGCAAGUGCUUCGUAUACUAUAUAUAGUAAAUUGGUUAUAUUUACUAUAUAGUCGCGUGAAUCAGUACGAUAAUUUAUAUGGAAAGAGAUAUUUUGGAAAAAAAUACGUGCAGAAAUGCUGAUAACAUUGAAUGUCGUGACACGUUAUUGUAAAUAAUACGAUGCUUCCUCAUCGCAUCCUUUAUACCGAACGAUUGUACUUUUGAAUUAACAAUAAGUUACAGUACAAGACAUCGAGCAUUUUGCAAAUAAUGAUGCAUAAAAUAGCACGAUUAAUUCACAUCACUUAUUUUAUUACAGACACAAAAAGUGAUUUAUGGCUUUGCGUUGUUUAUAAAUGUCUCUCAAAGCACAUUUAUGAUUGUAAGUAGCAUACUUGACUGCUUUCUGUGAUUGUAUCCAAUACAGUGAAAUUUUACAUGCCUAUUAGAUCAGGCUCAACUUUAUAUACUUUAUACACAUAUUUUGUAAACUGUAAGAAGAGAAAUACUACUGUCUAUAACAAGUGUCCUUAAAUGAUUAUUUCUUUCUAUUUUUUGAAAGAGCAUUGUGAAUAGUAUUCUUUUGUACAACACUCACUUUAUUGUGUAAUACAAUUAUGUAAUACGGCGGUGUGUUACUUGGCCAGAUGAAUGCAUUUUAUUAUGUAUAUGUACAUUAUGAAAUUCUAUAGAAAACAAAAUCUUCAUAUCCUUAAAUUAGGAGUGAAUGAUGAGGGAUGAAUGAGAGGAUAAAGUAUGACGGUUAAUUAAAAUAAAAAGACUAAUAAUCUCUAACGAGUAAGCAUUAAAAUUUUGUGGUGAAUUUGCACUGCCAGGCAUGUAGUAACGUGGCGGUUUAUACAUAUUUGUAUGAUGAGUUUGACAAUAAAUAUUUUGCAAACGUACA